AUGUUAAAAUCUGUUUCAGUUGAAAACGAAUGUUUGACGGGUAAGCAUGAUUGCGAUCCUAACGCUAUUUGUCGAGACAAUGAGCAAUCGUUCACCUGCGAGUGUGCGCAAGGAUACACAGACAGAUCACCCAACCGUCUCAAUCGACCUGGACGCGUUUGUAUUCAGCUGAUAGACGAAUGUGCAACUGGAAGACAUACAUGUAGUGCACAAGCAGAAUGCCGAGAUUUGGAAGAAGGUUAUACUUGUGAAUGUAAGGAUGGCUUCAUUGAUCGGUCCCCGAAUUUGCUUACCCAACCCGGACGCGUAUGUGGUACACCAGAAGUCUGUCCAUCAAAUCACGAAUGCAGCUCAGCUGCUGUUUGUGAACCGCUCGGUGGCAACAAAUACGAGUGUACCUGUAUACAGGGAUACCUGGACCAGUCACCGCAUGAUAAAAAAGGCCGAAUCUGCGUACGAAAUAGUGCAUGUCGCGAUCCACGCUUAAACAAUUGCUCACGUAAUGCAAUCUGUUAUGAUGAACCAAAAGGAUAUCGUUGUGAAUGUGCUCAUGGAUACGUUGAUCGUUCGCCCGAUGGAACGCAACGUGGACAUGUCUGUGAACCACCAGCACCUGCUACUCCUCCACCACGCCAUCCAUGCCAAGAUCCACUUCUGAAUGAUUGCCAUCCGGCUGGCACUUGUCGUGCAACUGGAGCGAAAACGUAUACGUGCGAGUGUUUGCAAGGCUAUGUGGAUCGUUCGCCAGAUAGCAAAAAUAAGCCGGGCAGGAUAUGCAUCCUAACGGAACCGAUUUGCCUGGAUGCGAGCCAGAACGAUUGUCAUCCAGCAGCAAUUUGCAGUGAAACAAAAACAGGCGACAAAUACACAUGUCGCUGUCGUGAUGGUUACAUCGAUCAAUCGCCGGAUUUAGUGAAUCGACCCGGGCGAAUAUGCGUUGAGCAGGUGAAUGAAUGCCUUGAUCGUUCGUUGAACGAUUGCGAUCCACUGGCUGUCUGUCAAGAUUUACCAGAUGGUUACACGUGUCGUUGUCCGGUCAAUACCGAAGACCAAUCGCCGAAUCGUAAUAGGCCCGGCCGUAAAUGCUUCCAGCAAGUGAAUGAAUGUCGCAAUCCGUCACUGAAUAAUUGUUCGCGGUUUGCAGACUGUAUUGAUAAAGCGGAGGGCUACGAAUGUCGUUGUCGAGAAGGCUACCAUGAUGGUAAUCCACGCCAUCCUGGCACCACCUGCAAUUAUAUAAUCAACGAGUGCGAAUCAUCGAACUUGAACGACUGCGAUCGCUAUGCAGAAUGCAUCGAUCUGGAAGGUGGUUAUGAGUGCCGCUGCAAGGAGCCUUAUCGAGACGAGUCACUGCCUGGACAGCCAGGGCGGAUUUGUCGGCUAAACGAGUGCUUGGAUCCAAAAGACAAUACCUGUGACAAGGAGCAUGCGGAUUGCGAGGAUUUGGAUGACGGUUACACAUGUCACUGCAAAGCUGGGUAUUAUGAUAAUUCACCGCAUCCACAGGAACCUGGAAGAGUAUGCGUCGAAUUCCAAAAAGAAAAAGUCACAGUGGUCGUGCCUCAAGAUGUGCCUCGCAUCGACGGAAUUCCCUGCGGUCGGAAUCACUAUUGCACGCUGGCACUCAAUGAGGUGUGUGUUGGAGGUGUUCACUGUACGUGUCGGCCAGGUGAAGCACGAGCAACAGCGCAGGAUCGUUGCGAGAUUGUGGAUCGUAUACCACUGGCAAUUCGAGUGCUCAAUAAAGAUGCCGAGACUUUGCUGUACAGCUCGGAAUAUGGUAGCAGCGAGAGUGCACCGUAUGUUGAGAUAACACAUCUGUUCAUCAAUGAUAUUGGCCGGGCACUGGGAAGUACCACGUAUGGACCACGCUAUGUCACCACCGAUGAGCCUUAUCGAGACGAGUCACCACCUGGACAACCAGGGCGGAUUUGUCGGCUAAACGAGUGCUUGGAUCCGAAAGACAAUACCUGUGACAAGGAACAUGCAGACUGCGAAGAUUUGGAUGACGGUUACACAUGUCACUGCAAAGCUGGAUAUUAUGAUAAUUCACCGCAUCCACAAGAACCUGGAAGGAUUGUGGAUCGUAUACCACUGGCAAUUCGAGUGCUCAAUAAAGAUGCCGAGACCUUGCUGUACAGCUCGGAGUAUGGUAGCAGUGAGAGUGCACCGUAUGUUGAGAUAACACAUCUGUUCAUCAAUGAUAUUGGCCGAGCACUGGGCAGUACCACGUAUGGACCACGCUAUGUCACCACCGACGUCAACUACAUCACACAUCCAAAGACUAUCAACAGCUCCUGGCCGGAUGGUUUGCUGUUUAAUUUCUCCGUGGCGACGAUGCCCAGCGGGGCACCGAUCGAUGUCUGCGAUUUGUGGGAUCAGCUGGCGAAAUCAAUCCAGCGUACGAAUGGCGCGAUUGGUGGCGGAUCGCUGCGUGUCGCAUCCGAUUACGAUGAGCUCAAUCCAUGCAGACCGAAGCAACCCCGUGGCGAAGCUUGCGGCCUCACUGUUUGCAACAAAGCAUGGAAUAUUGUGCUAUGGGUAGUACGGAGCGGCGAAGAAAACUUGGCUUACACCGAUAUUCUGGCCAAUCCGCAUCAUUCGGUUACCAAAGAACUUGUGAGGCGAUUCGAAAGCGGCGUCGGCCAGUGCUAUCCACAUACCGCUUUGAGCAGCUCUUUUGUUACUGCUGAGGUUAGUGUCAAGUUCAAAAUCCCAUUAACAACACUAACAGGGGAUAUUUGCGCCAAUUUCCCGAGCAGUUUUGGUAUUUCUUAAUA